AUGCGUAUGUGCAUUGAUUAUUGCCGGUUGAACAAAGUUAGAGUGAAGAACCAGUAUCCUUUGCCUCGUAUCGAUGACCUAUUUGGUCUGUUACAUGGUGCUCGAGUAUUUUCCAAGAUUGAUUUGCGUUCAAGUUAUCAUCAGUCGAAGAUUCAGGAGCCGGAUAUCCCGAAGACUGCUUUCGGGAAUCGGUAUGGUCAUAAUGAGUUCCUUAUUAUGUCAUUUGGGCUGACCAACGCCCCAACAACAAUUAUGCAUUUGAUGCACAGUGUAUUCCGGCCAUAUCCUGACUCGUUCGUUAUUGUCUUUAUUGAUGACAUUCUGGUGUACUCCUGGAGUCGGAAAGAUCAUGAGCAGCACCAGAGGACAGUGAUUCAGACCUUGAGAGAGAAGAAAAUAUAUGCAAAGUUCUCAAAAUGUUUGGCAGAUUUUGCUGGUGUUUCUGUUGCAGAAGAUCCUUCUUCGCGAUCGCGUGAGAAGGCUCGCGAUCGCGUAGAGCAUUUUAGGAGACCAUCUAAGUUGUUCUUCGCGUUUGCUAAGACAGGGAUGCGAUCGCGUAAUUCAAUAGGUGAUGCGUCAUGA